AUGGACUUAGACAACCUGCGCACCGCGUCGCUGUACAUCAACAACCAGCUGCUGUCGCGCGGCCUGCUACGCAAUGGGCAAACUAUCGACUUUGCACGGCCGGAGAGGGGGGAUGGCGGUGCUGAGGCGACGAUGGGGAGGGUGAUGGGCGUGGUUAACGAUUUGAUCUUGAGGCGGGAUCGCGAUGCUACCCAGCGCGAAACCCUAUCCUCGACCCUACGCAGCCUACGCGCCGACACGCUGCGACACACUACCGACAUGGAAAGAUUGCAGACCAAGCACGCCGAGGCGCAGCGGAAGCUGGGUAUUGCGGAGAGUGCCGAGCGCGCGUUGAGACAGCAACUUAAGGGAGCUGAACAGGCGAACCGCGUGCUGAAGGAAGAGAUGGCGCGGAUGAAGGUGCUGGUCCAGCAAACCCGGUCGCAGUGCGCAGUUGAGGUCCGGAAGCGAGAACGCACGCUCGAGGGGCUGAAGAAGCAUGCUGGGGAUGGGAGGCAAAGGGGGGGCGGAAAGGGUGUGGGGAGUAGGGAAAUCACGGUUGUGGCGGGGGUGGGAGGGGACGUCCAAGGAGGGAUGGGAAGUGUGGGUGUUGGGGAGGAAGGGUACGAUUUGAGGAGCGAGACGAAUGAGUUCCUGACUGAGCUCGCAAGGGGCCUGAGCGAGGAGAACGAGAACUUGGCUGCGUUGGCGAGGAGGACGCUUGAGACUCUGAGGACGCUGAGCGGGUAUUCUGGGGAGAGAGAUGCGGAGGCGGGUCGUGGCAUGGUGGUGCAGAUGGAGAGCGGGUAUGAUAAUCUUGCGCAGGAGACAGAGGGCGUGUUAGAUCACGUCCGCACGCUCCUGACGAAUCCAUCCUUCGUUCCGCUGGAGGAGGUCGAGGUCAGAGAGGAGGAGAUCAUUCGCUUGCGGCAGGGCUGGGAGAGAAUGGAAAGUCGCUGGAAAGAUGCCGUGUCCAUGAUGGAGGGCUGGCGCCAACGCAUGGCGCGGAAUGGGCAGACUGUCAAUCUGGAGGAACUCAAAAUGGGGCUUAUGCUUAGUCCGCUGAAGGUCAAGGAUGAGGACUAUGAGCAGGGGUUCCAGCUGAGUAUGGUCAUGGAGGAGGAGGAUGGCGAGGGUGAUACCCAGGCGGAUAUCGAUGCUAUGGAUGAUUCUGGGAUUCCUGGUCACGAGGAAUGUGACUUUGACGAAGAUGACGAGGUGUCCGAGUCGAGUCUCUUUGAGGACGAGCCGAUUGAAGAGGAUGAGCAGCUGGAUGGGGGAGACGAAGAAGCGAACUACACGAUUCAUACUGUGUCCUCAAUAUCUCCAGGACCGGCACCACAGUUAUCACCCCUGAGAGAAACCAGUGGCAAUAUCCGGGCUGUGGCCCCAAGCCCACCACAGUAUAGAACGGAGAAGGAAGAUGACGGAUUCUCGACAAUCAUCGAAGAAAACACCUACGACCUCCUGCAAUUAGCUUCUCCCAAGAAGCCUACCUCUGUAAAGUUAACGCCACAGCAGAAUACGCGCCGUCCUACCACGCCUAAUCCUACCGCGAGCAAUCUAUCAACACCACCAGAUGAAAUCUCCCUGCUUGAAACUUCAUUUCCGCCGCCCACUCUCCCCCCGGCCAACUCGCGCUCAGCCUCUGCCUCCCCAACAAAGUCCUCGCGUCCAGCCCCCAAACUGUCCGCUCAAGCCACACCACGACUCCGACACGGCCUCGGAGGCAGUGGGGAAAUACCGCCUAGCUCUCGUCUCCCUAGACCGCGCGAGCAGCAGCCCAUGCAGAGCCCGCUGACGAUGGCGAGUAUCGCCGCCAAGCUGGCUGCUAGCGAGCGCGAAGCCGACGCUGCGAGGGUAAGGGCCAAGAUCAAGGCUGCGAGGGCAGGGAGAGCCGGUGUUGGUGCUGGUGUUGCGAGCGUGCCGCCUCAUUCCACUUCUCGAGAAAACAGCAGUAGUAGGGAGAAGGAGGACAAGAGACUUAUGCCGCCUCCUCCGACGCCCAAGCAGGAUGUUAUGCUGGAUGAGAGUGGAGCGGCAGGGAACGGUACGGGGAGAAGAAGAAGAGAGGAGAGGGAAGGAGAGGGAGAGGGAGAGGGAGAGGGAGCGGAAAACGCGAAUUCGAAUGCAAAUGCGAAUGCGAAAUUCAGUGAUGCCCGGAGUACUCGGAAGCGGAAGGCGCGGGAUGUGGGCAAGGGACGCGCCAGCAGGAGGAGGAGUACGUUGAGUCCGUGGGAACUUGAGAGUUUGAUCUUGGGCGGAGCGGGCGCGGGGGUGAGUCCUGGGAAGUGA